AUGUGCUGGAAUCAAAAAGGAAAAGAAGAGGAAGAUGGAAGCAAUGAUUUGGUGGAAUCAAAAGGGAAAAGAGGAAGAAGAAUGACAGAAGAGAAAUAUGGCAUAAAUCAAAUUAUGUUUAUUCAUCAAAGAGAUGUUCUACAAACUCUACUGGUAUUAUAUUUUUUUUUGAGUUAUGAAGGAGUCCAAGCAGAAAUUAAGUUGUCCAAACUAGAGGAUCUAGCGUUGGAUAAACAACUUAAACUUUUGAACAAACCAGCAGUCAAAACAAUUAAGACUGAAUGGGGAGAUACAUACGAUUGUGUGGAUUUCUACAAACAACCUACAUUUGAUCAUCCAUCAUUGAAGAAUCACAAUUUUCAUCUUAAGAUGAAACCCACUUUACCAACGAUACAUCAAAUUCCAAAUACCUCAACCAUUGAUAUAUCUUCGAGGAUAAAGUCAGAGAAUAAAAGUUGUCCUUUUGGAACCGUUCCCAUCAAAAGAGUUACCAAAGAUGAUCUUAUUAGACAUAGAAGUAUGCCACCCCCAGAAGAUUUCACAGUUGAAGCUCAAUUGGAUGACGUAAGAUAA